AUGCCGUUGGAAGCUACGUUGAUGAUUAUCGACAAUUCCGAGUACAUGCGGAAUGGGGACUACCAGCCUACGCGGUUCCAAGCCCAGUCGGACGCGGUGACUACGAUAUUCCAGACAAAGGUGGACUCGAACCCGGAGAGCACAGUCGGAUUGAUGACUAUGGCAGGCAAAGCCCCAGAAGUCCUCGUAACCCACUCGCGCGACAUCGGCCAGAUCCUCCAGGGGACACACAAAGCCUCCAGCAAGAUCGGCGGCUCCGCGGACAUCCCCACCGCGCUCAACGUCGCGCAGCUCGCGCUCAAGCACCGGCAGAACAAGAACCUGCGCCAGCGCAUCAUCCUCUUCGUCGGCUCGCCGCUCGAGGGCGCAGCCGCGGACGAGAAGGGCAUGGUGCGCCUCGCGAAGAAGCUCAAGAAGAACAACGUCGCGGUGGACGUGAUCGCCUUCGGGGACGCGAUCGAGGAGGGCGGGCAGGGCCCCGAGGGGAACGUGCUGAAGGCGUUUGUGGACGCUGCGUCGAGUGGAGACAACUCACAUCUAGUGUCGAUCCCCCCAGGGCCCCAUCUCCUCAGCGAUAUGAUCAUUUCGUCAGCUAUCCUCGCGGCUGACCGCGGCAUUCCAGAGCCCAUGGCUGACGGCGGUGCAGGUGGCGAAGGUGCUGCAGCGGGCAGCCAAUUCGAAUUCGGCGUUGACCCGACUCUGGACCCGGAACUGGCUAUGGUGAGUGUUGCUCUGCCAUACAUGGUACAGAGACUAAAUACUCUUUAG